AUGGCGGCGUCGUGGCAGUGGGAAAACGCCACCGCCGGCGCCGUCGCAGGAUUCGCCACUGUCGCCGCUAUGCACCCUCUUGAUGUUGUCCGUACGAGAUUCCAAGUGAACGACGGUAGAGGGACAAGUCUGCCGACGUACAAGAACACAGCACAUGCCGUCUUCACCAUUGCCCGUCUCGAGGGAUUGAGAGGUCUAUACGCAGGAUUCUUCCCUGCUGUAAUCGGUUCUACUGUUUCAUGGGGAUUAUACUUCUUUUUUUAUGGAAGAGCUAAACAGAGAUAUGCUAGAGGCACGGAGGAUGAGAAACUAAGCCCUGCGCUUCACCUUGCUUCAGCUGCUGAAGCUGGAGCCUUGGUGUGUUUAUGCACAAAUCCGAUUUGGCUUGUCAAAACCAGAUUACAGCUUCAGACACCUCUUCACCAAACCCGUCCAUACUCCGGGCUCUUAGAUGCCUUUAGAACCAUAAUGAAAGAGGAAGGACCCAGGGCGCUCUACAAGGGUAUUGUCCCUGGUCUUGUACUGGUUUCUCAUGGUGCUAUUCAGUUCACAGCUUACGAGGAACUCCGUAAAGUCUUUGUGGAUUUUAGAGAAAGGAGAAGAAAAUCCGAAUCCGCUGAUAAUUUAUUGAACUCGGCUGAUUUUGCUGCACUUGGGGGAUCCUCCAAAGUCGCUGCAGUUCUUCUUACAUAUCCAUUUCAAGUUAUUCGAGCACGAUUACAGCAACGACCUAGUACCAACGGCAUUCCAAGAUAUAUAGACAGCUUUCAUGUCCUCAGAGAAACCGCCAGAUUCGAGGGUCUCAGAGGUUUCUACAGGGGACUAACCGCAAAUCUUUUGAAAAACGUUCCUGCUUCUUCCAUCACCUUCAUCGUCUACGAAAACACUUGUGCGUUUAAGGUGAACACGAAUUCCCCAGACUGGCACAAGAGUAUGACAAAGAUCCUAAAGAAGAUCACAGACGUGGAAGAAGGAAUGGCCUACGUUUCGGGUCAUGGAGACCCAAACAAACUUCUGAAACUAAUGGGUUCCAUAAAAGGCAAAGGGCCUGAAGUGGCGUUUGUGAGAACCGGAGGACCUCAUCAACGACAUCAUCAUCCUCGUGAUCAUCCCAACUCUUAUCACAGCAACAGUCACUUCAACUCCAACGGUCAAGCAGCGUCUUACAACAGUUAUUGGCCGAGUGAUUUGGGUUACUCUAGGCAGCAUCCGCAGUAUUAUUCUCAAGCACCAGCGAUGCAACCUUACCAUCCUCAAUAUCCAUAUCCUGGAUACAACAAUCACGGUUACUAUUAA